UCCGUCAAAGCCUGUCACUUCCUGUUUACCUCCUCUCGGAUACCAUUAUAUUACUAUUUUCAUGAAAUAAUGUAGUAUUUGCUGAAUUGUGGAUGGCGAUUCACAUUUUGAAGUAGUCAUUCACGAUUUCGAGAUGAUUCCCUGGUACAUUGUCAAGUACUAUCUGCAUAAACACUCCAAAUUUUGCUCUUGUUUAGCAGUGUUACUGCUGUUCACAGUAUGCUUUUAUAGUUAUCUACAGCUAUUCCUGGUAGUAUGGUCUUUCUUGUUAGGUAUAGCUGGGGCGUACAGCUUCAUCAGCUCCGACUCAACUUUACCAAAUCUUCUGUUCAUGUUCAAGAGAAACAAAAAAGAGGGUAACAUAGGAGAUGAUGAACUCACGUUAAUGAAAACUAUGUGUACUGUGUGUGGUCAGAGGAAGUGUCCGAGACAUAGACCAGAACUUAACAUUCUCGCUUUCCAACCGUGGACCAAUCUCGAGUUACGAGGGAAGGUGGACGAAGCUGUGGAAGAGUUCCUGUCGAUAGUUUUAAAAGAAUAUGUGUAUACAUGGUACAGAGAUGUGAGUGCAGAUGAAGGUUUUGUGGAUGAACUGAGAACAAAUUUACGUUUUCUGGUAUCUGUGUUCCUAAGGCGAGCUAAAAAAAUUGAUAUUCCACAGUUAGUGAGUGAAAAACUUGUAAAGGCCGGCCUCCAGCACCUCCACGUUUAUCUCCAGGCCAAGAAAUCAGCACCUCCAGGUACUGACCUUCAGCAGUUGACCUUGGACUACCUAGGACCCCAUCUUCACUGUGCCAUGCAGAGCCGUAAGGCAGAGCUGGAAUAUCUCAGGAGAAUGGUCGAAGCCAUAUUCCCAUUCAUUUUGAAUCCCCAAGGUCUUAAGUCCAAAUGUACGUGUUCCUUGGCCAGGGAAAUAUUGUCUGGAUCUAUCCUACUGCCAGCACUGGAUGCAAUAGCUAAUCCUGAUAUGGUGAAUAAUAUACUCUUGAUAUUUUUGGACGACACACCACCACCUUCCGCCACUGAACCACCCUCUCCUAUGGUGAACUUCCUGGAGAAGUAUAGUCGUACAUCUGUCACGAGUAAUUCAUGUCUACACCACGAGCUGAAUGAUAUCAUCGGUGGUAACAACCCUAGUCUGCUCUACACCUUCAUGCAGUUCCUGAAGCGUGAAGCUGCAGUCAACGUCCUACAGUUCUGUCUGGCAUGUGAUGACUUUAAUAAACAAGUACUCAAUCCAGAGCUAUCCCAGAGUGCACUUGUAGAGCUGCACAACCAUGCUAAAGAUUUGUACCGCUGCUACUGUGCCAAAAAUGCACCUGAUAAAAUCAAAUUUGAUGAGGAAAUUGUCUCAGAAUUAAAAGAUAUAUUGGAGGGACCACCUGAACAGGUUAUUCGGCUCAGAACCUCUACACCAUUGUUUAAAGCUUAUGAGCACGCCUACAACCUCCUGGAGCAAACCUUUAUUCCCCUGUUUCACCAGAGUGAGGAGUAUUAUGAAAUGUUGUGUGGUAGCCGUGUCAUGUCUCAGACAUCAAGAAACACUCCAAGCAAUCAGUUAGCCCCACGACAGCCCAAUAAUUCUAGAAUGCCAAAGAAAAAGGAGUUUGGAUUGUCAAAUAUCGGGCACAAGAUCAAGGGAGUUUUUAAAAGUAAUUUGACAGCGGCGGAGAUGAGAAGUCUCCCGGAGAUGGAUAACUUUGAGGAUGCAGACACGGUCACUAUUGCUUCUUGCAGUUCCCUUGACGACGAGAUCCCAGAAUGCAUGGCUAUGGAGGGUUCCUUCCAGGAGUUCACAUUGCCUGACCUGAGUACAUGGAGGGUAACCAUCCCCAGGAUAGGGGCCAGACCAGAUCCCGAGAACAACAAAAAACAAUAUUUUGUGUUCAUCAUUGAUGUACGGAGAGUAGAUCUUGCACAUAACAUGGGAACCAGAGGUGUUCCAGCAAAAGAAAGCUGGGUUGUGGCUAGGAGGUAUCCGGAAUUUUACGUACUGGAAAGUAAAUUACUGGAAUUCCAUGGUGAACUGUUGGCAGACUGCCCUCUUCCUGCCAAAAGAUCAUUUGGAACAGGCAAACAAGACUUCAUAGAGAACAAGAGAGACACGUUUGAAAUUUAUCUCCAGAAAUUAUUGACCAAGCCAUUCCUGAAGGGCAGUCAGCUACUGUACACCUUCCUCACAACGGACCACGAGUUUACCACAGGAUUCCUACCCGACAUCAAUCUAGGGAAAAUGUUCAAGGCUGGAGCCAUGAAGCUUGUUAAAGAGAAAGGACAACAUUUGGACCCCUUCCUGUGGUCAUUUGUACAGUCAACCGAAGUCCCUAAGCCUAAAUCAAGUAAACUGGAGCGGCGAGGAUCUGAUGUCUCUCUCAAGUCCACGUCAAGUGAGAAACUCUGCUGUAGUCUGUACGAGAACAAUGCUAACUACUCAUCCGAUAGCAUUGCGUCUAGUCAAACGUCCAGUCUGGAACUGGACUUCUCCGCAGCUACUGGCCAGCAGGAGUCGAAGGACAGACAGGAUGUUGAGGGUGUGUUUGAUGCUCUUAUCUACCUUGCACGGUAUGUGUACAGUAUACCAGACUGGUUCCACCAUGUCAUGAUGACAAGCCGUAUCCUGUUUAAGUUGACCCUUGAGAACUAUCUGGAGUGGUACAUACAACAGAAGGUGGCGCAAGUCACACAGGAACACCGAAUAGUCAGCCUCGUCCAUCUACUCCGAGAUGUUCUCUUCUCUGACACAGAUAGACCAAGGACAGAUGAACAGAAAAAGGAGAGAUUUGAGCAGACUUUGGCAGGAUGCUUGGACUUCAUACCAAAACCCUUUGUAUCAGUAGUUGGAAGGUCAAACCACGAGAAUGGCACCAAGCUGAUCUUGGAGGUUCUCCAGCAACCUAAACUUAAUAAACAACUUUCAUAUGUGUUCCUGGACAUCAUUGUUCAAGAAUUGUUUCCUGAGCUGAGAGGAUGAUUGAUGUCACUGAGUUAUAAGAUUAGAAACAAUGGUCACUGAACUAAGAUUGUAAUCCAUCGUCACCAUGAUGAUCCAUCGUCAAUCCAUCGUUACUGAGCUCAAAUAAUGCUCCAUCAUCAAUCCAUCGUCACUGAGCUCAAAUGAUGCUCCAUCCUCAAUCCAUUAUCACUAAGCUUUGAUGAUAAUCCAUCGUCACCAAGAUUUGAUGAUGCUCCAUCGUCAAUCCAUCGUCACAGCUUAUAU